AUCAAAUCUGAGGUCAUUGCGCUGAGAGAGAGACAGCCCACCGCGUCCCCUUUCGAGCACAGAACGAGAUGUCGCCCUCAUCAUCGACAUCUUCUUCACUCUUUUGAUUCUUUUAUCGUGUCCCCGCAGAACGAUUGGGACGAAACGCGUGCUUCGUUAAUUGGGGGAGGAAACGAACGACUUUUCUCUUCCAGAAAGCGUUCAACGCAUGCAUUUCUCACGAUCGUUCAUUGGUUUCGCUCUUUGUUUCUUCCCUGAACCCCAUUUCCUGGCUGGGAUUGGUUCAUUCCUUUGCACUUGUCUCGCUCGCUCAUUCGUUGACCAAUUAAUCAAUUGAGACCCCGAGCAUGAAGCUCGGGACUGUGUCCUUUCUCCUGGCAGUGACUGCUGUCUUUUCAAUCGGCGUUGAGGUUGAGGCGGCGGAUGAUGAUAAGCCGAGUGGUUUGAAUCCGAUUAGCUACCCCCUGGGCGGGAAUGUAAAUGCGGGGAGCCCGGUGACGAUAACAUGGCAGGUAUGUAGAUUGUCGUCUCCCCAAUCUGCUCCUACCCCCCUUGAAUUGGCUUACUGAUCUUCUUCCCAGCCAAGCACCCCGGGAACCGUCACGAUACAUGCAUUGAAGGGUCCCCCGGAUAAUCUGAAUGAUCUUGGUCCUAUCGUGGGUCAGUGAAAUUGUUGACUGGAAUGGACCCCCUUUUGGCGAUGUGGAGGCUGACAGGUCUUAGCCAAAAUUUCCAAUUCGGGAUCUUUUGUUUGGAAUGUUCCAAAGACUUUUGAAGAUUCGGCAACCAUGGGUGCCGGUAACAAGUAUGGGCUCAAGAUUAUAGACGACGCAACUGGAAAGUUUGAGUAUAGUCCACCGUUUGACAUGACUGUUCCUGGAUCGACGUUUGGCGAUACGGCAGCGGGUGCUAAGACGAGUUCCGAAGUUCACAUUACGACCGCUGCCAAGGAAAGUGCAUCUACUAUUGCUCCUGCCUCCAUCUCCGCCUCUGCCACAAAAGAAACAUCAGAUGUCGAAUCUAGGUCCACCGGGACCACCGAACCGACAGAAUCCUCCGCAGGCGGAAUCCUAGGCGGUGGUGGCGGCGGUGGCAGGUUCAACCUCAAAAAGUUGCCCGACCUCGGUCUAAUAUUUGCCGCAUCCGGCGCUGGCGUCGCCGGAAUUAUAAUAAUAACAGUUAUAGCUGUUGUCUGGGCUAGGAUCCGUAGGGAUAGGAAGAAAGCAGGAUACUACAAUCCCAAGUCCUUCCGAGACAGGCGUUCACACCUCGAGGCCGAAACCCCGAUCAUAAGAGCUCACCACAGACGUAUGUCUUCAACCUCAUCCUUCGGGGAUGGCGCUCGAGCUUCGGAGGUAUUCUCGAUGCAUAACCGCUCCCCACCACCACCACCACCACCACCACUGAUGCCCACUGCUCCACCACUGCUUCGGAACCCCCCACCGCGACUCGGUCCACCAUUGGUCCCUCCCGGACCAUCCCCACCGUCAGGGCCGCAGGCCAGACAAAUCCCACUGUCGCCACCGCCGCCAAUAUCGCCGUUACCAACCGCGCUCUUGACGCCCCGGAACCCAUCAUAUUCCGUCGACUUCCCGUUCCCGAGCCAGCCGUGUGCGCCCUACGCCCCGCGAGUGCACACACCCGCGGGAGCAAACUUUGAAACGCACGCCUUA